AUGGCCUCACUUGGGGGACAGUAUCCAACGUCCCAUGCAAGUCAUUUCUCCGAGAAAAACACAAGUCCCGAAGCGCCGCCAUGGCCAGCAAGGAAGACGGUUCGCACAGUCGUGUGCAUUUCGUACGUCGGGGCCGAUCGAUUGCAUACUCUGGCCAUUGAACUAUCAUAUGCUGACUGCGUUCUCCUUCCGCCGCAAAGCUCAUGGAUCAUCGUUUCCAACAGCACUAUUCUCUUCAACAAGUGGCUUCUGGACAUUAAACAAUUCCAUUUCCGUAAGCCAGCAAUCCGCCUCGUCGAGCCCAAGUUGAACUCUUCUUUGCCGUCGACGCCUUCAAAGAAUCUCGUAAACUGCAUGCAGGAUGCCUCAGCUAACGAGUCCCGACCAGCAAUCCUAUUGACCAGUUGGCACCUAUUAUUUGCCACUGUCGCGACCCAAGUCCUAGCACGCACCACCACGCUCCUAGACUCGCGCAAGAAUGUUCACAUGUCAGCAAACACCUACGCUCGCGCCAUUCUUCCCAUCAGCAUCUUUUACUCCCUCUCUCUUGUAACGUCAAACAUGGCCUAUCUGUACCUCUCGGUUCCCUUCAUCCAAAUCCUCAAGACCACGUCACCGGCGGUGAUGCUAUUCGUUGCCUGGGCGGCCGGCACCGCAAGUCCUACUCUUGCCACGGUCGUGAACAUUCUCUGGAUUGUCGGCAGUGUCAUGCUUGCCUCGACCGGCGAGAUACAAUUUUCGCUCGUGGGGUUCCUGUAUCAGAUGGGGGGCAUUUUUGCCGAGGCAAUCCGGCUGAUACUGAUUCAGCUUGUACUGAGCAGCGAUGGGCUCAAGAUGGAUCCUCUAGUUGGACUGUACUACUUUGCCCCUGCGUGCUGCUUGAUGAACGUCCUGAUUGCCCUGCCUACCAGGGAAGCGGUGGAUAUUUCCUGGCAUGCGGUGCAGCAAGUGGGCAUUCAACUACUCUUCCUGAACGCCUUGGUUGCCUUCAUGUUGAACGUUGCAAGUCUUUGCCUGAUUGGACAGACGUCCGGCUUGGUCAUGACACUGACGGGGAUCUUGAAGAACAUCCUCCUCGUUAUUGUGUCCGUGAUGAUUUGGAACACGCAAAUCACGACCAUUCAGGUUGUUGGCUACACGAGUGCCCUUGCUGGCUUGAUGUGCUAUUCGUUGGGGUACAACCAAUUAGUCAAGAUGAGCCAGGCCGGCGCAGCGCGGAUUCGCAGCUGGUCGGGAGCACAUUCGCCCAAGGGCCUGCCUCGAUGA